AUGGCGGAUUGUGUUUCACUUACUGGCUUCAUCAUCAGUGUCAUCGUACUCUUGUGUUACUUAUUGAUUACACCCUCUAAACCUUCCAUUCAUGUAACCGAUGCCUCGCUCACCCCUCCUAACAACAACACCACCACCCACCACCACUACAAUCUUGCCCUAAACAUCACCCUCCGGAACCCUAACAUGUCCUUCAAAACCUAUAACAAGAAGACCAAACUCGUUGCUUACUGCAAGAACAACCAGAAGCGAAUUGGCACGGCGGAGUUGUACCCCUUUGGGCAACGCACAAGGAAGACAACUACUUUUACAGCAUUGUCAUUCAAAGGGGAAGAAGGGGAGGAUGACUUGAAGGCAUGUGAGGAAGGUGACAAUGGCGAUUACGAUGACGUAGUUAUCAAGCUCUAUCUUACGAAUAUCUACUAUCUGAUAGGGCCGAAUGUAAAAGGGAGCUGUUGGGAAGUGGAGACCGAGUUCGUAUGUAACUUGAAGGUUCCUCUGAUCACUGGUGCUUAUGUUAAUGGUUCCCAAUCCACCAUGGCCAAUACCACUGGUGGUAGUCCGAAAAGUUUUACGGCUACAAAGUGCAAAUCAAAUUUCUCUCUUUAUCACUAG